ACACAUGCAUGCAUGCAUGCAUGUAUUGGUAAUAUCUCAAAAUUUACUGUGUGGAUUUUUGUGACACGUCUGCUGAAACUAGUGCGUCGUGCAUUUGUCGAGUGAUUUUCAUUAGCUUCAGGUUACUAUACGUGAUUAUUAUUUUUCUAUCAUGUCGGACGCAAACGAUCCAGAAACAAAUCAUUCUGUGCUAAAAGCUGGCCAUCCACCAGCUGUGAAAGUGUCUGGCGGAGUACGGAUUACUCAACAUAAAUUGCCAACGGAAAAGCCAAAUGCUGUAAAAAUCCAGGGUAGUAAGGAUAAUAAUGAUGAUGAUGAUGAUGAUGAACAUGCAAUGCCAGAAUCACCACCGAAACCUAUGAUUAUGAGCGUAUCGGGAGCACCAGUUCGUGGCAAUGAAGAUUUUCCAGCAGAUUCAGUACGGGCAUAUCAUGAUAAGAAGCCAAUGCCAACAAAUGAAUGUCGUCCGUUGAAUAAAUCCAAUCAUUUCAUACAUCAACCAAAAAAAUGAUUUCAUUAUGAGAAAUGCAUCGACUAUAGACCAAAAUCUUUCUUUGUCUAUUUUUUUUAUUUUUCUCUAUGUAUUUCUAUAAUUUGGUUGAUGAAUAAAAAUUUUUUUUUCA